AUGGCUCUUCCCCCGAGUCCCCUGGCUAUGGAAUAUGUUAAUGACUUUGACUUGAUGAAGUUUGAAAUAAAGCGGGAGCCUUCGGAGGGCCGAUCUGGACUCCCUACAGCCUCACUGGGCUCCACACCUUACAGCUCUGUGCCUCCUUCACCCACCUUCAGUGAGCCAGGCCUGGUGGGCAGCAGUGAGGGCCCCAGGCCAGGCCUGGAGGAGCUGUAUUGGUUGGCUACCCUGCAGCAGCAGCUGGGGUCUGAUGAGGUUCUGGGGCUGAGUCCUGACGAGGCUGUGGAGCUACUACAGAAUCAGGGCCCAGUUCCUGUAGAAGGGCCCCAUGGCUACUAUUCAGGGAGCCCAGGAGAGACAGGAGCCCAGCAUGCCCAGGUGAGUGACCAUGAGAAAAGGAAGUCUUAG